AGUAGUGUAUAUUGUUGCUGUGUGCGAUUGGUUCCACAUGAAUGACUUGAGUUAACCGUUUAGUCUUCAUAAAGCAGAAGCACACUGCAGGUGCACGUUGGUACGGAGGUGUUGCUAACGUUGAGGCUUACAGCCCUCACUCAGCGGGGGACGAAGGUCAGAAAUGCUGGAUUAGAAAGUCAAGUAGGACUCCUUAUUUGUGUUAGACACAUCAAUUAUACACACACUAAAAUGAUUAAAUAUCGAUAUAUACCUCUGCUACGACCGUUUUGGUUGCCUCAAAUGUGUGUGGUAGCCUGCCUAAGAAAGUGGUUUUGUUGCCUAAACCUAAGCACAACCUUUUUUUUCUUCAUUUAUUUGGUAACGUCAUCCAAAAGUCAUUUUGAGGUUAAACAAUGUCCCUGUACAUGAAACAAAUGGAAUGCAAUUAGUUUACUCCCUUCACAUGGUCGUCUGAAAAGAAUGUCAAAGCAUAUAUCCUACUAUAUAAAUCAUACUAUUAAUUCAAAUCACUGAUACAUUUUGUUAUUGCAGUAUUGCGUUUUGUGAUACUGAAUAAUGUAUCAAAUUGUAAUAGAUUUCACAGGCUUGAUGACAAUGAACUAAGAUUUAUGAAAGACAGUGGUCUGAUGUUGAUGUAUGAGAGACGCAAAACAAAGACAAAGAGACACAACACAAAGGGACAUUUAAAAACUGAGAGACGUACAAAGAGACUCAAAGAAACCAAAGUGACACUAAACGUCUGCAAAGAGACACAAAACUACAAAAACCUUAUUUCAAGAGACACAAUUCAAAGAGAUAAAACACAACUAAAAGACUGAAAAUGACUACAAGGACACUCGCAGCAGCCACACAGCAACAUUUAAAAGAGAUACAAAGACACACAAAUUGGCCACACAGAGAGACAAAACAGCUACAGAAAGACACAAAGUGCGGCUCAACCGUGUCUUGCUCCUCUGUAGAAGUGGGGUCUUGUGGAUGUCUGUACCCAGGGCCACGGGCCAAACUAUACUGGUCUAUACAGCAGACAUUUAAUAAUGCCAAUCCCGACAGACGCUUCAAACUCAGUGGCGACCGUUUGGGUGGAAAACGUGUGAUGUGCUGAGUUACAGUUAGUAGCUGUCCAUGGUGCUGAAGAGCUCAGCUUUUAACAGCACGGUCAGGUGAGCUGGGAGGACGAGUGAAUCCUCUACAAUGGCAUAUCUUUACUAUGUGAUGUAACAGAGAGACGGGGACUGGCAGUAAGAGGGAGCGAGUCGUCGAGGGGCAGAGAGAAGGAUGAUGUCAUAGUUUAUAGCCUGAGCCAUAGAAGAAGCAGAUGGAGGCUGACUUCCUCUUUUCUCCGCUCCUGUCUCCGUCUCCGUAUCCACCCUCAACAUCUGCUUCAGCAUCAGGACGCAUCGCGGACAAAGAGGGACAAACCGCAGAAGCCGCAUUUGUUCGGGCAGGCUGUCUGCAGGUGGAGGACACGGAGCGGAACAAGGCUGGAUGAAAGCCAAUCACAAACAAGAGACGUCCGAUAAACACGCAAUAUGGUCCGGAAUAUUGGAGCAAGCUCGAGGUCAGUCCUCUCUUUUUGUCUCCAUUCUGGAUUAUGAGCAGGCGGCAGUGUGAAGGAGCUGGUCCUGCCCAGAAAGGAGGAGGAGGAGGAGGAGGAGGAAGAGGAGGAGGAGAGACACACAGAAGGGUGUCGACGGAGAGGCAGAGGGAAGCCUGAGGGAGAAGCGGAGGGGAGGACCGCUGGAAAAAUAAGAGAGUAUAUUACAAGGUUCCAAUAAUGGCGGCUAAGUCGGACGGGGUCCUGAAGAUGAAGAAGAGCGACGUGGCCUUCACCCCGCUGCAGAACUCGGAGCACUCCGGCUCGGUGCAGGGGCUCCACCCGGGCACCCAGCCGGACUCUGCGGGCACCGGGGACGGGGACUUCGCCAACGGGGAGUCGCGCUGCUGUGGGGGCGGAAGCUCGAACUCGACGUGCCUUCGGCCGGGGAAGGAGCAGCAGAAAUACACGGUGUGGGAUGGCCUGUGGAUCGUAGCCGCGGUGGCCGUGUAUCUGGCCGACGUGGGCACCGACGUGUGGCUGUCGGCCGACUACUACCUCCGCCGCGACUACUGGUGGUUUGGCCUGACCCUUUUCUUCGUGGUGCUGGGCUCCUUCUCCGUCCAGCUCUUCAGCUUUAGAUGGUUCGUCCACGACUUCGGCAGCGAGGACGGUUCCGAGUCGCCGGCUGAUAGCGCGCACAUGGACGGGAACAAACUGCUGAGCGGCUCGGCCUCGCACGGCGACGUUACCGCUCAACACCACCCGGCCACGCCGCAGAGACAGGCGUCGACCGCCAGCAAGAACACCACUACCACCAGCACCGGCAGCACGGCGGGGGGCGGCAGGGGGAGGAAGCGGUCGGCCUACUACUCCUUCUGCGUCUGGUUCGGGCAGUCCGUCAUCCACAUCCUCCAGAUGGGCCAGAUAUGGAGGUAUUUUCACACCAUCUACCUGGGCGUUCGAAGCCAUCAGAGUGCUGAGACAGAGCGCUGGCGUUACUACUGGAGGAUGGUCUAUGAGUUUGCAGAUGUGAGCAUGCUGCAUCUCUUGGCCACCUUUCUGGAGAGCGCUCCGCAGCUGGUGCUGCAGCUGUGCAUCAUUAUACAGACACACAAGCUCCAGGCAGUGCAAGGCAUGACCGCCGCGGCCUCCCUUGUCUCUCUGGCCUGGGCCCUGGCCUCCUACCAGAAGGCCUUGAGGGAGUCUCGGGAGGACAAGAAGCCCAUCAGCUACCUGGCUGUCGUCAUCCAGUUCUGUUGGCACUUCUUCACUAUCGCUGCGCGGGUCAUCACCUUCGCCCUGUUUGCCUCUGUAUUCCAACUCUACUUUGGCAUCUUCAUCGUCCUGCACUGGUGCAUCAUGACCUUCUGGAUUGUCCACUGUGAGACGGACUUCUGCAUCAGCAAGUGGGAGGAGAUUGUGUUUGACAUGGUGGUGGGCAUAAUCUACAUCUUCACCUGGUUCAACGUCAAGGAGGGACGGACAAGGUGCCGGCUCUUCAUCUAUUACCUGGUGAUUCUGGUGGAGAACGCUGCUCUCAGCGCGUUGUGGUAUCUCUACCGGUCGCCUCACACCACCGACGCCUUCGCAGUGCCAGCACUCUGCGUCAUCUUCAGCAGUUUCCUCACCGGGGUGGUUUUCGUGCUCAUGUACUAUGCCUUCUUCCACCCCAACGGGCCGCGCUUUGGCCGCUCGCCGAGCGGCCAGGGUCUCGACCUGGGCCCCUCUGCUCAGUUCUCCACACUGCCGUCCGAAGGUACCACCAACUCACUGCGUUCCAACCGAGGUGCCACAGCGACCCUGGAGCGCGACGGGGGAAAGUACUCCGAGCGGGACGGCUGCAUGCCGGUGUUUCAGGUCCGAUCCACAGUGCCGUCCACGCCAUCGUCUCGUGCUCCGCGCCUCGAAGAGACCGUCAUCAAGAUCGACCUCUGCAGGAACCGCUACCCAGCCUGGGAGCGCCAUGUCCUCGACCGCAGUAUACGAAAGGCCAUCCUGGCCGUGGACAGCUCGCUGACCCCCCCGCGGCUGCAGUACAAAGAUGAUGCUCUGGUGCAGGAGAGGCUGGAAUACGAGACCACGUUAUAGUUCCACCCUGCUGUCAGAACCCGUAGAUCACAUGGACAGCAAAACGGACUGGCAACAACAAACUAGCCAUCCCACUCAUCAUCCUCGUUCUGUUUGUGUUCCUCGGUGUCAGUGCCCCCCCACGAGACUUCAACCACAUUGGUGGGGAUUGGAGGAUUUGGCACAUGUGCAGUUGAUGUCACCAGAUGUGUUUGGGAUCUUUGCAGGGUUGUUGCUGUUAUCUUUACUUCCGCUCAUCAGGGAAAUCCAGUCUGGGAUGAACUAAGUCCAAAUGCUUUGACACUGUUUGGUUCAACGGAUGUUCCACCUUGACCUCAAUGACUCCUGAACUACACAUAAACUCCUGGAACGUGAUGAAGGGAAAGGAUCUCUGAGCCGCUGUCAUGGCUGUCCUACUGUUUGGAGGUUCUGAUGAUGUGGUCCAUUACCAGCCACCCUUCAUCUCCAUCCACAUCAUAAAGCUCAGCUUAUUUUCUCUUAGUGCCAAAAAGGUUCUUGGAAGGAGAUUUCGACCCGAUGCAGAGGUGGAACCCCCCCCACGCAGGGUUCAGACCACAUGAUAUCAACCCAAUCACAGCACGGCUGGACAAACGUGAGGCGGCAGGAUGUGAGCGUCGGGCGCGACGUGUUGUCCGUCGUGGUGGACAACUUGACGACCUCACAACCCCCCAAGAGAAAGACUAGCAUGUGUCUGCUGCAUGAUGUCAGUGAUGUCAGUGCAACAGCAAAAAGGCCCUUUGGCCAUUAAACACCACAAAGUGAGAAGAAUGAUGCUGCUGCUGCUGCUGUGGAACCCUGAAACAAAGCAAUGGGGUGUUUUCUUUCUCUCUUUCCCAAACUUAAGAUGGUACAUUAGUCUACCUAGCAACUCCAUCCUAAAGGUUUUCUGCGUGUUUCUGAAAACCACAAAAGGGUAUUGUGUUGUCUGCACCCACCAACAGGUUUGCUAGGAAGUCUAAACAGUAGUUCUCUGGACUAGAUGUUUCAUUCUUCUUAGAUAACUGUGGUCAGCUCAGACAGAAACACAAAUAUAUGCAGAUAACUCACCAUCUUUGUCCAAUAAGGAAACAAGUCAAACUCACACAAAGCCAAGAAAAGAAUCUUCCUGGCAGCUCAACUCAACUUUUACAGUCAGGCCUCACGAAGCUGGUGGUGCUGAUGGUGCUGAUCUCUGCUGGAGGAGAACGUGAGUGUGAGUGUGUGCGUGUAUGUG